UCGGAGGCAAGAGGGUCUGUGUGAAGGGAGGAGAGAAAUGAGGGAAAGAGAAAGACAGCAGCGAGAGAAAAAGAAAGACAGAGCCAGGGCAGCAGUGAAAUAGCUGGCAGGCAGGAAGGAAUAGGGAGGAAGAGGCGAGGAGGAGACAGAAUUAGCAUUUUCUUCCUUCCUUCUCGGGGAGGGAGGAGGAAAGAAAGAGCUGAUCCUGUGGAGCGCUUGUGGAUUCUACCUCUUCUCUUACAUCCUCUCUUGGCUAAAUCUGCUCUAAAUGCUCUCCCAUAAUGGGAGAGGUUUGAGGGCAGCGUAAGAGACCGGGUUAGCAGACCACGACUAGCUCAGUGUACAGCCAGAAACGAGGGCAAAGUUGCAGACAUGGCUGCCAAGAGGGUCAAGUCAGGAGUGCCACAGAAUGUGGCACGAAGUGAGCUUAAGGUCUACCGCACAGGUAGCACGGAGGGACGCAUCCCCGUCCCAACCAACCUGCGCAAGCAAAGGUCCCUAACUAACCUUGCUGUGCUGACAGAUGCUGAGAAGAAGAUGCAGCUCUACGAGCCCAAGUGGUGCGACGACAUGAGCAAGGCCAGCACAAGCCAGCUGAAGACCAGCAAGCCGAAACCCACAAGCGGAGGAGUAGGAGUAGGUGGACCCGGCAGUGUCCAGCUCUCCCGGAACCUGUCCAAGUCGGAACAUUCGUUGUUUCAGGGCAAACCUAAACCCUUUACCCCACUUGCAGCUCCUGGAGCCCUGGGGAAGGUUCAGAGUCGCAUCCCUCGUGGUCCUUAUGCAGAAGUGAAGCCCAUUAGCAAAGCUGCAGAUGAUAGCAAGUCGGACGAUGACAUCCUUUCUAGCAAGGCAAAAGCGGCUGGGAAGAAGACUACAUCAGGGGGUCAGGGAGAUUCUGAGGCCAAAGGCCAGAACGAAGAAGGUGGUGAUAAGCCAUUCCUAAAAGUGGACCCAGAGCUGGUAGUCACAGUUCUUGGUGAUCUGGAGCAAUUACUCUUCAGUCAGGUGCUUGAUCGUGAAACUCAGAGGAAGCGCACUGUUCAGAAUGUCCUGGAUCUCCGGCAGAACCUGGAGGAUACCAUGUCCAGCCUGAGAGGAACCCAACUCAGCCACAGUUGCCUGGAGAGUAGCAUGUGCUACGACAGUGAUGAAACCAAUGCCCGCAGCAUCUCCAGUCUUUCCAACCGCUCAUCUCCCCUGUCAUGGCGCCACGGCCAGGCCAGUCCUCGCCUGCAGGCUGGUGAUGCCCCAUCUUCUACGGGCUACUCCAUAGGCUCGAAGCCCACAUCUCAGUAUACCUCUCAUACCAUGCCUGCUCGCUGCUCAAACCGCCUCAGCAAUACGUCCCACAUGGAGCUCAUAGUAAGUCUGGACACAGGUGAUGGAGACCUCAAAUCUGGCUAUCUGAGCGAUUCCGACCUGCAGAGCAAGAGCCUGAAUGAAGAUGAUGACGAUGAUGAUAAUCUCGCCAAUGGGUGGGAUGAGAGCAGCUCCAUCAGCAGUGGUUUGAGUGACGGUUCUGAUAAUCUGAGCUCAGAGGAGCUGAACGCCAGCUCUUCCCUCAACUCGCUUCCCACCACACCUGUCGGCUCCAGGCGUAACUCUUCUGUCAUGCUGCGUACAGAUGCAGAGAAGCGCUCUUUGGUGGAAAGCGGCUACGCCUGGUACAGUGAGGACAGUAAAGCCUUGCAGAAAAGUGACAGUGGAGCCUACGACACGGGCAGCCUGAAGACAGAGUCCACCAGCAAAUACAGAAAGAAGAUCCCGGCAGAAGGUGCUGCGCCAGAAAAAACGCCACGGAGAGAGCUGAAGAAGCCGCAGACUCUCGGCCAGCCGGGCAACUUCAAGAGAGGCCAGAACCCUCCAGUUGGUGUCACGUCUCCUAUCACACACACAUCACAGAGUGUGCUUAAGGUGGCAGCACCCAAAGCGGACUGUAAGGUUGUGGACAAGCAGAAGCUGACUCUGAAGACAACAGGUCUGCAGCGUUCUCGCUCCGAUGCAGGCCGGGAAAACAUGGAGCAUCGCAAGCCCCCCUCAGGCCUGGUCAAACCCACCGCAGGCAACUUCGGCUACAGAAAAAUUCAGACCACCGGCACUGCCACUGUAAUGACAGCAGGGGGCGCCACCAUCUCCAGUGGCUCAGCAACUGUAGGCAAAGCUCCCAAGUCAUCAGGCAUCCCUAGCAAGCCAGUGCCUGGAGGAGGAAGCCGAAAGAACAGCUUGGAUGGCAGCAAUGGUGAAAAUGGCUUUUUGGCGUCCAACGCUCGUAGCAGCAUUCAGUACCGCAGCCUCCCCCGACCUGCCAAGUCGAGCGCUAUGAGCCUAACCGGGCGGCCCGGUUCUCGUCCCGUUAGCAGCAGUAUCGAUGCAGGCCUUCUUACCCUUAAGCCCGUGCCUCCUUUGCCUGCUACCAUGCCCACUAGAGGAAAGGAUGGAGGUAGCUUAAAGGCAGGUCGUCCGAGCAGCGCAGGACCUGUUAACCAAACAGACCGGGAAAAAGAGAAAGAAAGAGCGAAGGCCAAAGCAGACCUGGAAAAUAUCUCACUGAAAGGUGAAAACCAGCGAGAUAGUUGCGGAGAGACUGCAGAGCAGAUCCACAGAGCACGCCGGACCAGCACAAGCAAAUACUCAGAGCUCAGCUCACCAACCACCACACCCAGAAUGCUGUCUAAGUCUCUGGCUCAUCCUCCGAGUCUGGUCCAUCUGGACAAGGUCAACUCCAACAGCCUAGACUCAUGUGUGACCAUCGAAGAUCUUCCUCCAAAGAUUCCUCCCUACUCCAAGCUGCAGGAUCUGGUGGGUUCACGCACACUCAGCCGCCUCAUGCCCAGCCCGGCCCCGGUGCUUAACAUAGACUCGCCAAGCUGCUUCUCCGGCCAGCCUCUGUCACUGAGCAGCUCCCCUCUGCUCUACCCCAAGAUGACCGGUGUUCAUCGAAGCAUGGAGUCUCUGUCUCUACACAUGAGUCUACCACCCAGUGUUGAACUCCGGGAUCAAGAAGAACCCACAGCCAGGACCACAGGGACCUGGGGGGCAAGCAGUCGGACAUCACUCACAUUAAGUACCAGUUUACAAACUGAUAGAAACACCUUACCCAAGCAAGGACUAAGUCGCUAUAGCAGUAGCCAAUCAGAGGAAGGGAAAGAACGACGCCACUCUCAUACCAUAAUGAACAUGACAGAGGCUGACAGCCCACCCCAGCUUCCCUCCCCAACUCACCUCAGCCAGUCCUACACUGGCAAAAUACCACCCACCAAUGUGGUGGCUCCUAUCCCAAGCUCAAGCACCACCCCACGCAUCACCCGUUCCAACAGCAUCCCAGCCAGUGAGGCCAGCUAUGACCUGUAUGCUAACUCGCCACUGGGAAGCUCCAUGUCACUGGCUGACCGACCUAAGAGCAUGAUGCGCUCCGGAUCCUUCCGAGAGCCUGGAGAAGAUGUUCAUGGGUCUGUCCUAUCGCUGGCAUCCAAUGCUUCAUCAAACUACUCAUCAACAGAGGAGAGAGUGCAGGGAGAGCAAAUCAGAAAACUAAGACGCGAGCUUGAAGCUUCUCAAGACAAAGUAGCCAACCUGACAAACCAGCUGUCCGCUAACGCGAACCUGGUGGCAGCUUUUGAACAGAGCCUCACACUUAUGACUGCUCGCCUCCAGAGCCUGUCAGUCACCUCUGAACAAAAGGAUGCUGAGCUGUACGACUUGAAGGAGACCAUUGAGAUUUUGAAAUCCAAAAACACAGACACGCAAGUAAUCAUCCAUGAAGCACUCAACAACCCUGAUUCUACACCUAAAGAACUACAAAUAAACAGGCAGAAUUCAUCAGAGAGCAUUGCAAGCAUAAACAGCAUUACCAGUCAUUCCAGUCUGGGUAGCCUGAAAGAACAAGAUGCCAAGAAAAAGAAGAAGAAAAGCUGGUUGAGGAGUUCCUUCAACAAGGCAUUUAAUAAGAAGCCUUCCAAGUCAUACUCUGAUAUUGAAGAAAUCGCCACCCCUGAAUCCUCAACUCCUUCCUCCCCUAAAAUCCACCAGGAUGUGGAAAAAACAACCUUCUCCCUUAAAACCUCUGCUUCUACCUCCUCCUGUGGACUGGGUGAUGGCAGUGAGGACACGGAGGCAGAUGAAAAGGGGGUGUCAGACCUGCGCUCUGAACUCUGGGAAAAGGAACGUAAACUCACUGAUAUCCGACUAGAGGCCCUUAGCUCUGCUCAUCAGCUGGAGCAGCUUCAGGAAGCAAUGUCCAAGAUGCAGAUGACUGUGGAGAACCUGAAGGCAGAGAAUGACCAACUGAAAACAGGUGUCUCCAGACCCCCAAGCUCUGCCUCACAGUCGUCUGGGCUCGGCUCAUUGGGCAACUCAUCACCACGACAGUCUGUGGCCUCUUUAAGCAAGACCUUCAGUAUGGGAGCGAGUGAGAGUUUAAACACAGAUGUUUUUCAAAGUCCAACGUCUACCCUCCAGAAGGAUAAGAGUAUAAUCAGAGUGGUAGUGCGCAUUCCCAACCAGCAAGUGUUUAAAGAUGAGGUGAAACAGCUGGAGUUCUUCGUCGGCAUGGUCAAACUCUGUGGAAAGACUGACUGGUGCACCCUCGACUCUGCCAUCUGCCAGACUUUUAGAGAUUAUUUAUCAGUGAUUGACCCAAGUUCCAGUCUGGGCCUGUCUCAGGACUCAAUCUACAGCUACAGCCUUAGCCAUCUGAAGAGGGUGCUGGGGGCACAGCCACCUGAGACUCCACCAGUACGCUGUUUCAGCAAGAGUUCCACCUGCAUCACUGUGGCACUUAAAGGUCUGAAAGAGAAGUGCGUAGACAAUGUGGUAUUUGAGACGCUUAUCCCAAAGCCGAUGAUCCAGCACUACAUUAGUCUGCUGCUGAAGCAUCGCCGCUUGAUCCUGUCGGGGCCCAGCGGCACAGGAAAAACCUACCUCUCCUAUCGCCUCACCGAAUAUCUGGUAGAGCGCAGUGCCCGAGAGAUCACCUCUUCCGUCGCAGUCUCCUUCAACAUGCACCGGCAAACUUGCAAGGAUCUGCAACUUUACAUGUCCAACCUCGCAAACCAGAUCGACCGGGAAACCAGCACAUCUGAAAUCCCACUGGUCGUCAUCCUAGAUGAUGUACAUGAUGCUGCAUCCAUCAGUGAAUUAGUUAAUGGUGCUUUAACAUGUAAAUAUCACAAAUGUCCAUACAUUAUAGGGACCACCAAUCAGCCAGUGAAGAUGACCCCCAACCACAGCCUGCACCUUAGCUUCAGAAUGGUAAUGUUCUCUAAUAACGUGGAGCCAGCCAAUGGUUUUCUAGUGCGCUACCUGCACAGAAAGCUCAUGGAAGCAGAGGACCACAAAAGCCUGACUAAUGACGAUCUCCUGCGGGUCUUAGAUUGGGUGCCCAAGCUCUGGUACCAUCUCCACACAUUCCUGGAGAAGCACUGCACCUCUGAUUUUCUCAUUGGUCCGUGUUUUUUCUUGUCCUGUCCGGUAACAGUGGAGGAAUUCCGCUGCUGGUUUAUUGACCUGUGGAACCACUCCAUUAUCCCUUACCUGCAGGAGGGAGCAAAAGAUGGUAUCAAGACACAUGGUCAGAAGGCAGUGUGGGAGGACCCUGUGGAAUGGGUGCGGGAUUCUCUCCCUUGGCCCUCAGCCCAGCAGGAUCAGGCCAAGCUGUUCCACCUGCCUCCCCCCAGCAUAGGACCAGCAAGUCCCAGCCAAAUUGGAGACGAGCGGCCUCACAAAGAGACCCCACCCAGCUCCAUGGACUCUGACCCCCUGAUGGCUAUGCUGUUAAAACUGCAGGAAGCAGCCAAUUAUAUUGAAUCACCAGAGAAAGAGACUGACCCCAAACUGCCCACACUAUGAACAUUAUACUGAGCCUUCAUCAGUUUCUUCUUAUCAGUUCUCCAAAUACCCAGAGGUCAUAACACAGACUCUUUAAAAUCAUUUUAUUUAAGAUGCAUUGAACAGAACAUAACAGACCUUUUUUUCGCUCAUCUCAUUUUGUAUUUCUAUUCCUGUUUAUAUGCUAAUGUAUUUCCAUUGCAAGAAUCAUGUAAACAUAAGUGUCUUGAACCAGUAGAUACAAUUACUCACAAGCAAUUAGAUACCUUUGUUAUAAAGGAAAUGAAGUAAUGCUUGUAUCUGCUGAGGUUAUACACUAUACAGUUUACAGCAUAGUUAAUGUGUAGGUUUUCUUUUUUGGAUCUCCUACUGUUCCACUGCUGCCCACAAUACAUCUCAAAGAAAUGUACUCAUUACUAAUGCUAGCAUGAAAAUUACAUCCUCCUGCACAUGUGAUUGAGUGCCAUCUACAGUCAUGCCACAUGCAGCAGUGAUAUUCCUGGGUAUACACUGUUGAAAAGUUACACUGCAUGUUACUUUCCUGCUCUUUCAUAUUCAGAGUACAGUCAUCUUGUUUGCAGGCAGAUUAUCUUUUGAAGAUGCCUUAUGGAGUACUGCAUUGUGUGAUUUUCUGUUCCCUGUAGAGGGCAGUGUUUAUUUCAGUACCCAAGUUGCUUUAUCUUUGGUAAUUCUGGGGAGUCGACGUCAGCACUUGUUCCACACAUAGUUAAGAGUAGAAUGCUUUCAUACACGUUUUAACACUUCAACACUAUUGCCAUAAGUUCUCUUACAAACAUUUAGUUUCUGUAAAGUGUUCUUUUAUAUAAUAGUAGUGUCGGUAGAUAUUAUUUGGCUAAACUAAUCUCAGCUCAGGGGGUUAGUAAUCUCAGGCAUCCAACUCUGUUUAACACUGCUGCACUCUACGUCAAUGGUGCAAAUUCCUUAAACUAUAACCAAAUAGUGUUCAAACAGUGUGGCUUUAUUCAGAGAGAAACUGCCCCAUGGAAGUGUGUCCAGAGCUGGAAAAGUCCAUGAGCUGUAGAAAAGUCAACUCCAAGAUUUAUUUGAUUUAUUUGGUGCUAUCAACACAACCCCCUAUAGGAAAAGGACUACUUCACCCAUGCAAUCUUAUUAACAGUAUAGGUGCUUUAUUAACAUACAAUAGCCUUACAGUCUCAUAGAGCAUCUUCAUGAAGUAGCUAACAAUCUCAACUUAUCACAAUGCCUAAUUAUGCUCUUCUUUCUACUUCUAAUAGUCAUUAGCACGUCCUACAAUCCUACAUCCUCCUACAUCAUCUACAUCCAUAGUUACAGUCAAAACCUAUGUUUCUUUACCUUAUACUGAGGAAAUAGGUAUUACAACAGUAUUCUUCUGGUUAUAAUAUUAAUGUUGAAGUCAUCUGCUGUUUUAUCAGUUGAUCUGACACUAUACUGUACAGAAAACGUUGGAUAUCUUGGUCUAAUACAUAUAAUGGUGGUUUAAUUUUGGGUCUUAUAUGACAAUUUCCUAUCUGAUCCACUGGUCCACUGUGUGCCAUGAAUGUAUCCACAGAAACAUGACUUAUAUUUUGCAUAACUUAGAUCAGAUCAGUAUAGGUACUGUAUUGGCUGUACUAGUAAACAUAGGAUUUGGUGUUUUAAUAGGCUUGUGUAAGACUGUAUUGCUUCAACUUAAAGAUUUGUGCAGUUGGUCAGCGUAAGCAGUAGUGGACCAGUAAUUUCCCUUAACUUUACCAGAAAAUAUAAAGCAUAUCAAUAUGCUCAUGUUUACAGGCAAAGUAGAAUGAACCGAGUCAGUUCUAAAACUUGCAGUCAUUCCAAUGACUUUUUUUUUUUGUUUCCGACAUUCCAUGUUGUCAUUAUUCAUUAAUGUAAAUAAUUCAUGACAGAGAAGGAAAAAAGGGUCUUAACAGUGUCAUGUAGGGUUAUAUAGGAAUAUACGAAAGUCAAAAUCGAAUACAAUAAAAUGUAUGUAAGUUGCAUUUUGCUGCUAUUUUAUUUGCUGUGUGAGAUUUCCAUAUAAGUACAUUCCGUAAAAUUCAUGACAGUGUCUUAAUGGCUUUAUUUGCCAGGAACACUUAGUAGGAUUCUUUAAUAAAUGAAGAGAGGAUUUUACAUCCCAUUUGCUAACCAUUGUCACAAAUGUAAUAAGGAUUGAUUGGCUUUUAUAGCUUGACAGUAUUGUUGGUAAUUCCUUAUAAAAUUAAAAAAA